AUGAUGAUGACGGGGAGUGUACUUCCUCUGCUUCUACUAGCAGUGCUUCUACAGACUGCUGAUUCCUUUUCGGCACGGCAGGUCGUCCACAAGCAGAUCAGGAGUGGAUCAUUGGGCAGACAACAGCAGGUCCUGCAUCGUCCAGUGCUGGAAAGCAGAAGGAGAACGGUUCUCGUUUCUUCGUUGGAUGAAGAACUCCCCAAAUUCAAUGACGACAUUGUCCAAGACGACGACAACGACGACUCUGACAGUAGCAGCAAGAGCAGUAAAAUCAAGAGCACCACCAACAGCAACAAUAGUAAUGAAAGCCUUUUGACAAGCCUCAAUGAAUUUGGCAUGUCUUUGAAACCCCGCGCCCAAGAGGUGGAUAUCAAGGCGGCACAAGCCAGCAAAAUGAAACGCAAAAUUGGACUCAAAGCCAAGGCAUCGUUGUUCUGGACGCUCUACAUGGCGUACCGAGGAUACCGAGGAUUUUUUGUCAUUUUACCCGCCGUCUUUUCCGAAGUCUACCGCAAAAUGGAAACCGCCGUCGAUUUGCGAGUCCUGGAUGACGCUCCAUCCUCCGAAGGAAGUGAUGUCAAUCCGGAAACGGGAAAAGUACGAUGGAGGACUAAAAUUACAGUGUCGGCAUUGGCAGGUAUUGUGACGCUCACGUACGUCGUGGGAGGGUUGGCACGGGUCUUUAUCAAAUUUGCCAAGACCAUUCUACGGACCAGCUCCUUAUCGGGAUCCUUGUCGGCUGCAGCAGAAGAAGUCGAGGGAAAUGAAGGCAGAUUGAUGCGGAUUGGUGGACAACAACAAAAAGAAGAACAAGAACCAAAUGUCAAUGGGAAAAAAGACAACAACAGUGGUGGAAGUGGAAGUGGAAGUGGACGUGGACGUGGAAGAAAUGUGGCAUUCUAA